GACAUCUCCCCGGAAAAAAGUGAAAUGAGUGCUUCUGGAAAGAGUUUGCUUGGCUUGUGGUUGUAUCACAGCGACGGGCAGGAAUGGGCUCUGAAGGAAGGGAGUCCCCUGCAUCGCAAAAAGGACUUUAUCAGUGAAGAAAGUGAGCAUUCCGAUCGUACUUCCAUCAUUUUUACGCUAAAAAACGAGGUAGGGGGUCUCGCGAAGGCCCUUCAAGUGUUCCAAGAGCUCGGAAUUAACGUACUUCACCUCGAAUUACGUCCCUCGGAAAAUUCGGCGCAAGGAGAUGUCCUCGUUGACAUCGACUGCGACGCGAAAAAUCUCGAUCAAGUGCUCAAAAUGCUGCGACGCGAAGUAAAAUCCGUGAAUUAUGCCCAAACGCAGUUCAAUAGUGAAGAAUUUCCGCCCCCAACUCCCGUUUCUGGCAGUUUCGAUUUUGGCGAAAUGCAUUGGUUCCCGCGGAAAAUCAGCGACCUAGAUAGAGCGCAGAACGUUUUGAUGUACGGAUCAGAUUUGGAUGCCGAUCAUCCAGGAUUUAAAGAUCCAAUUUAUCGGCAGAGACGCGAAUAUUUUGCUUCGAUUGCCAAUGCAUACAAGCAUGGAAAUCCCAUUCCGCGUAUUCAGUACACGCCAGAAGAAAUUAAAACUUGGGGAAUUGUGUUCCGUGAAUUGCACAAGCUUUAUUUGAAACAUGCCGUUCCCGAAUAUAUGGAGAACUGGCCGCAGCUCGUCAAGUAUUGCGGAUAUCGGGAGGAUCAUUUGCCGCAAUUGGAGGAUAUUAAUAUUUUUCUCAAGAGGAAGACGGGAUUUCAGUUACGACCCGUUGCAGGCUAUUUAUCUCCACGAGAUUUCUUAUCAGGACUUGCUUUUCGCGUUUUUCACUGCACGCAAUACAUCCGACAUGCUUCUGAUCCCUUUUACACUCCCGAACCCGAUUGCUGUCACGAGCUAUUAGGUCACAUGCCGCUCUUGGCAAAUCCAAGUUUCGCCCAAUUCUCACAGGAAAUCGGUUUGGCGUCACUUGGAGCUUCCGACGAAGACAUCAGUAAACUUGCAACGCUCUAUUUCUUCACCGUCGAGUUCGGAUUAUGCCGCCAACCGAACGGAUCUUUCAAAGUUUAUGGCGCCGGACUUUUAUCUUCUGUCGCCGAGCUCCAACACGCGAUCCAAUCCACGGAAAAAAUCAAAAAAUUCGAUCCGGAAGUCGUUUGCGACGUCGAAUGCAUCAUCACGUCAUACCAAAACAACUAUUUUUACACCGACUCGUUCGAGGAGGCGAAAGACCAGAUGCGCGUGUAUGCAGAAGGCAUCAAACGUCCUUUUAUGGUGCGUUACAAUCCGUACACGCAAAGUGUGGAAGUUUUAAGCAAUGCAAAGAAGAUUACGGCAGUUGUGAGUGAGUUAAAAGGCGAUUUGAGCAUCUUGUCGUCGGCUUUGAAGAAAGUUUCGGCUUUGGAUCAGAAUUUGGAUGUCGAAUACAUCACGGGAUUAUUGCAAUCGGGAUUACAGGUAAACGAUAGAAGUCCUUCAGGCUCUGACAGAUCAGCUUAGAGAGUAAAAUUUAGAUUUUAAGAACUUUAUGGACCAAUAUUUGGCUGGAAAUAUAUUCGUCUGUUCGUG